GGUUGUCCUACUCCCAAGCGGCCAUGCGCUCUUUAUUAUUCAGACGGGCACUUCGUCAAUUAUAUAAAUCUUUGGUAGUCUUUGUAUCGUUUCAUUUAGCACUUGUAUUUCAUAAAUCAAUCAAUGGAAUAUUCCACUCCAUCACUACUUAUCCUUCCUGUCAUAUUUACCAUCCUCUUCUUCUCAAAACUGUUCACCAAAUCAAAGCUCCCACCAGGGCCUAAACCAUGGCCUAUCAUAGGCAACAUUCACUUUCUCGGCGACAAGCCUCAUCGUGCUGUCGACGAGCUCUCAAAAAAUUAUGGCCCUAUAAUGACUCUAAAACUAGGUAGCAACACUACCAUAGUUAUAUCAUCCCCUGAAAUAGCCAAAGAAAUGUUCCUUAAACACGACUUAGCACUUUCUAGUAGGGCAAUCCCAGAUGCUGCUAGACCAUUAAACCACAACAAACUUUCUAUAGGAUGGCUUCCUGUAUGCCCCAAAUGGCGGACCCUUAGAAAGGUUGCAGCUAUUCACUUGUUUACAAAUCAACGACUCAAUAUGAGCCAAGAGUUACGACACAGUAAGGUGAAAGAGCUGAUUGGGUAUGUACAAAAUCGUUGUGAGAAGGGUUUACCAGUUGAUAUUGGUAAGGCAGGGUUUACAACCACGAUAAAUUUGUUGUCGAAUACAUUGUUUUCGAUGGAUUUGGGUAGCCUUGAUUCGUCGAAUUCACAGGAAUUAAAGGAGAUUCUUUGGCAUGCUUUCGAGGAAGGAGAAAGGCCUAAUGUGUCUGAUUUAUUUCCAAUAGUUAAGUACUUGGAUUUGCAAGGGGUGGUAAAAAAAACAGCGUGUUACUUGACAAAGUUGAAGAAGAUUUUUGAGAAUAUUAUUGAUGAAAGGUUGGAGGAUCCAUCUGAUGUCAAGGAUGAUGUUCUAAGCUCUUUACUCAAGCUUGUUGGGGAUGGAGAUGAAGAACUCACUCUCGAUGAUGUCAAACAUCUUCUCAUGCUUACCAUUGGAGAUGCUCUUAUGGCGGGAACAGAUACCACUUCUAGCACGUUAGAGUGGAUAAUGGCAGAAUUAUUGUGCAACCCACAAAUCAUGACAAAGGCUCAUAUUGAAGUAGAUGGGGUGCUUAAGAAAGGCGAGUUUAUGCAAGAAACAGAUAUUUCAAAACUACCAUAUAUUCAGGCAAUAGUAAAGGAGACAUUUAGAUUGCAUCCGCCAACUCCUUUCUUACUUCCCCACAAAGCUAAUGAAGAUGUACUACUACAUAACUAUUUAGUGCCCAAAAACGCAACUAUUUGGGUUAAUGUAUGGUCAAUUGGUCGUAAUCCAAGUGUUUGGCCAAAUCCGGAAAUUUUUGCACCAGAAAGAUAUUUGGAACGAGAAAUUGAUGUGAAAGGACGUGAUUUUGAGCUCAUACCCUUUGGAUCAGGAAGAAGAAUGUGUCCCGGAAUUCCCCUAGCUUAUAGGAUGAUACACUUAAUGUUGGGUACUCUUCUUCAUUCUUUCAAUUGGGAAAAUGGCAAAUGUACCAAAGAUUUAAACAUGGCUGAAAAGUUCGGUAUUACAUUAAAAAAGGUUGAGCCACUACAAGCUAUUCCACUUCCUAGAUGA